ACGCUGGUCGCCAUCCGCUUGCGAUCCACUUUGUCAUGUUUUUUGUAAAAAAAAUAAAACAAAUUGCAAGCAACGUUUUGUAAAAUAAAAUGUAAGCUUUCGUACUUGCAAAUAAGCGGCACAAACGCGCGCGUGUAACGGCAAUAACAAAACAAAAACGGCAAGCAACAAAUAACCGUAUGCAAAGUGUAUAUGUGAAUGUGUGUGUGUGUUGGAAAGAAAAAAAGAAUUGUUUGGUCUGUGUUGAGCAGCGAGCUUCUUUCUCGUCGUCCACUGCGGUUUUUCCUCUCUGCUGCUGCUGUCGUCGGCCAUUAAUAAAGCAGCAACUACACAACUAGAGUGAAAACGCGAAAAGACGACGACGACGCUGACUAAGCAGGGGCUGUAAGCAGCAAAUAAUGUGCAGUGAAGUGUUGAAGUGAGCUUGGCAAAUUACAACAAAGCUGCAGGAGGCGGCAGCAAAAUUAAACUACAACUACGACAGCUUGAAACACAGUUUGGAAAGCGUUGGAAUAAUACAGGGUGUAGCAGCAAUCAAGCAUACCUGCAUUGCAGCUGUUUUGCCACCAUAAAAAGUAAGAAACCAACGGCAGCCAGAUGUCUAGCGAGGAGGAUAAACCCCCGGCGCCCCCCGUGCGUCUCACCAGCAAUCGUGGCGGCGUUGGCAUCGAGCGUGUUCCCAUUCCUGGCAGCGGAACUGGCGUCGGCAUGGGCGAUGGCCAGCCCGUUGAUAUGCGUCCAUUGCCCAAGGAACCAGACGAUGCGGAUCGCAAGAACAAGAAGACGCUGAAGAACAAGAUCAAAGGAUCGAAACCAUCGCAUAUGGAUUCCAAACCAAAUAUAUCGUAUCCCACAAACUUUGAGCAUACGGUGCAUGUGGGAUUCGAUGCUGUGACCGGCGAGUUUACGGGUAUGCCAGAGGCAUGGGCGCGUCUCUUGAUGAACUCAAACAUCAGCAAGCAGGAGCAGAAGAAGAAUCCCCAAGCUGUGCUCGAUGUGCUCAAAUGGUUCGACAAUACAACCAAACAGAGGCCAAGUUCCAAGUACAUGACAAAUGCCAUAACGACGCAUUCAGCAGGUUCUUCGUUGAGCCGUGUGAGCAGCAGUAGUCCGAGCAGCACGCCCACAGAUUCGGAGCUGCAUGGCUCGAAUAGUGGUGGCAACUUGAUUGGCGUUCAGCUGGGCAGCAUGACAUUGGGUCCCAAUGCGAACAAUGUCUCGGCUGCCGGUCAAAUGCUGAGCAAUCAUUACCAACAGCAGCAGCAACAUUUGCUACAGCAGCAACAGUUGCAACAGCAGCAGCUACAGCAACAACAACAGUUGCAUCAGCAGCAGCAACAGCAUCAGCAUCACAUUGGCCUGAGUCAAUCGCAUUCGUAUAACUUUGGUGGCCACACCGCCUCCUCAUCCACAUCGCAACAUUCAUCUGCCAAUGAGGACGACAUGUUGGGUCCGGUGCCGCAGCAACAGCAGCCACCGCCGCCGCCCGUGGCAUCGCGGCCAGAGCGCACGAAGUCCAUCUACACGCGACCCAUCGAGGAGCUGCAGCCAAUUGUUCCGAUGCCAGCGGCACCGGCCACCACGCCGACAACGCCACUGCAGAAUCACAAAACGACGACGCCGGCGGCGGUGUCGCCAUAUCUGUUGCACAACAAUGCAACAACGACGCUGGACAAGAACAAAAACAAUGCAAAUCUGUACCACGAUCCGACGGCGAUCAACAAUCUCAAUGCCACACCAGCGGCGGGCACACAAAUUGCGGUGCCACAGCAAGCGGUUGCCGCCUCGGCCACCGCGGCAACCACAGCAACGACAACGACAGCGCGAGCCGCCAAUGCCAAGAAGAAGAAAAUGUCCGAUGAGGAAAUACUGGAGAAACUGCGCACCAUUGUUUCCGUCGGUGAUCCGAAUCGCAAGUACACCAAAAUGGAGAAAAUCGGCCAAGGUGCAUCGGGCACUGUGUACACAGCGAUUGAAUCAUCCACGGGCAUGGAGGUGGCCAUCAAACAGAUGAAUUUGUCGCAGCAGCCGAAGAAGGAACUGAUCAUCAAUGAGAUUCUGGUGAUGCGAGAGAACAAGCAUCCGAAUGUGGUCAACUAUUUGGACAGCUAUCUGGUGUCCGAGGAGCUGUGGGUGGUCAUGGAAUAUCUGCCCGGUGGCUCGCUGACCGAUGUCGUUACCGAGACCUGCAUGGAUGAGGGACAGAUUGCCGCCGUUUGCCGUGAGGUGUUGCAGGCACUCGAGUUUCUGCAUGCCAAUCAGGUGAUUCAUCGCGAUAUCAAAAGUGAUAACAUACUGCUUGGCUUGGAUGGCUCUGUCAAGCUGACUGAUUUCGGUUUCUGUGCGCAAAUCUCGCCGGAACAAUCCAAACGCACAACAAUGGUCGGCACACCCUAUUGGAUGGCGCCCGAGGUCGUAACACGCAAGCAGUAUGGACCCAAGGUGGACUUGUGGUCGCUGGGCAUCAUGGCCAUUGAGAUGGUCGAGGGUGAGCCGCCGUAUUUGAAUGAGAAUCCGCUAAAAGCAUUGUACCUCAUUGCCACCAACGGCAAACCGGAGAUUAAGGAAAAAGACAAACUGACGGCAGCAUUUCAAGAUUUUCUGGAUCAGUGUCUCGAAGUAGAGGUGGAACGGCGCGCCAGCGCCAUGGAUCUGCUCAAGCAUCCUUUCCUCAAAUUGGCGCGUCCAUUGGCGAGUCUGACUCCUUUGAUUAUGGCCGCCAAGGAGGCAACCAAGGGCAACUGAUUGACAACCAAGAAACAGCAGCUUAUUUAACCAUUACUAAUGAAUUACUAUUAUAAAAAGCAACAACAGCAACAACAACAACUACAGCAGCAGCAGCAACAACAAGGAGCCGAACAACAACACAAACAACAAUAGCAACAAUAACAUUUAUGCGAUUAUAAAUGGGACAGAUGAUAAAUUAUUAGUGAUUAUGAUUAUUAUGAUGAUUAUUUAUAUAAACGUAUUUAUAUACAUACACAUAUAUACUUAUUAUAUACAUGCAUACAUUAUUAACUAUUGGAACGAGAGAAGAUUUCAUUGAGCCGAGCAGCUGCAACAUUAAAACACCACACACACACACUUUCGUAGUUCAAUUCACAUUCAAUUUAGACUCUUAAUUCAAUAUAUACUUAUGUAUUUGCCCAAAUCAUUUUGCUGCUAAUUUGUUAUACCAAAUUAACGGGGCAUUUUAAAUGCCUUUGAACUUUAUUUCUAAACAAAAAAGAAACAAACAAAAAUCAAUUCGAUUAAAAUUCAUUAAAUCUAUUCAAACGUCAUUAAACAUAUUAACAUAAAACUACAUUUAAAAUUGGCAUUUGCAUUUAAAGGUAAAAAAAGAAACCAUAUAAGAAAUAAAAAUAUUAAUAAACCUAUUGAUUACAACAAUUGUAUAAAGAAAACAAAACAAACAAAACAUAAACUUAUAAUUUCGAAACUAGUUUUUGAUUCAUUCUUUAGAAAAGAGAGAAAUUCUUGCGCAAAACGCUCUAACACUAACUUUAAAAACUUAAGAGUAUUAUUUAACUGGUUCAUUUUAAGACCUUUUUGGUCUUAUUUAGUUUCAUAGAUUGCUUUAAAUAAUAAACAAUUAAAUAUAUAUAUAUUUUUGUAUAUGUGCUUGUCGAUUUUUGAUUUACGCUUUUUUUUUAGCUCGUUCGUUUUGAGUUUCACAAAGUAACUAAAUACGUUUUCAAUUCACACACUCACAACACAAACUCACAAACACACCCUCUAAAGAUCCUUUUUGUACUAUGUCUGUGUAUGUAGAUGUAAAUCGUGUAAUUGUAAAAGAGUUUACCAUUAUAAUUAGAAGAGCCUGUAUUUUUCAAAUCAUCAAUGCAUAUGUACGAUGUGUGGAGAAUGAGAAAAAACAAAUUGUAGCAAUUUAUUGAACUAAUAUUAUAUAUAUAUAGACAUAGCAAAUAGAUAAAGAAGCGAACCACUCGUAAACUGUUCAAUAAAUUGAUAGUAGCAACUAAAAUAACAAAUAACUAGCAAUUAAAAAAAUAGCUUGUAAAAA